AUGAGCUGGCUCAAACGCCAUCCCCUGCCAUCCCCAGGCCCUGCUGCGCCGGCCGGGGUAAACAGUGACGACCCAACCGACGAACCCAGAGACUGCUCCGGCUCCGACACCGCGUCCACGGACAGCCACGGAUGCGCGUCCAACGGCGGCUAUGGCACGGACGAUACCCUCGCCGUGACUCGCGUGCUGGAGCAGCAUGGGAUCCCGUGCUGUCUGGUGGGGGUCGCGGCGCUCGUGUUCUACGGCGCCGGCCGCGUCCGCGAGGACUGGGAGAUCUGCGUCCCCACCGAGCGCGUAGCCCAGGCCGCAGAGCUCCUGCAGUCACCCCCGUACGCAGCGCAGUAUCGCCCCGUCACCCCGUGGCCCUAUUACAGUCCCUGCUCGCUGAUCCACACCUACCCCCGGUUCAAAAGCCGCGGGAUCAACCAUUACUUCUUCCUGGUGCCGGCCGUCGACGUGCAUAUGGUCUGCGACCCGUCCAGCUUCACGCGCAGUCUUAGAGGGUUGCCGUAUCCCCGGCUGGAGGUCUUGCUCCAGAGCUGUUUAGAUACCUGGGACAUGCUCCAGCUGUGCGAGGUGGUUGACGGGACCAACGUGUCCGAGGAGUGGGGCGAGAAGAACCUAAACCUGGAGGGGACGAACGAUGUCGCAUGGGCCCAAGAAAAGAACAAGAGAGGAGAGGAGUUUGGCGGAAAGUGGGCGCAUUCUCUGUUUGCCUGGGAGGGACGGAAAGACAAGCGGGAGAUGUGGCGGUCGGUGGUGCGCACGAAGAAUGACAGGUUGGACUGGACGAAACCCACGGAUGUCUUUGUCACGCAGUAUCGUGUUAUAGGGUCGCAGGAUCCCUGGACUGAGCUGUCUGAUAUAUCUUGA